AUGCCAUCGCCGGAUGAUGAAGCUAGCUCUUUGCUAGCGUCACCAGCUUCUGGUACAACGCUUCUGGUCCUCGUUCAAUUGACCUCAAAGAUAUUCACUUUUACGGCAAAUCAGUUGAUCUUGAGAGAUCUACCACCAGCUUUUCUAGGAGUUGCAGCCCAGCUGGACCUAUACUCCAUUACACUGCUGUUUUUUUCUCGGGAAAGUAUCAGACUGGCGAUUCAAAGGCAACCGCUUGUUACCUCUGUUUCCUCGGAUUCAAGUAGUCAUGGUAAAGCCGCAAUUGACAACAAAUUCAGCGCAACUAAACAACCAAGAACCCAAGAAGUGGAAUCACAGUCCGUGGUCAAUAUGUCCUACUUGAGUCUGGGAAUGGGACUUCUCUUAGCCAUGAUACUCGGUACCUCUUACAUUCGUCUUGCCUCGGAUGAAGUUUCUCAAACACCGUCUUAUCACCAAAGUGUGAAAAUAAUUACCAUCGCAUCUCUAAUAGAACUUGCAAGCGAGCCAUGUUUUAACGUGAUGCAGAGGUAUAUGCUGUACAGGCAACGUGCACUUGUUGAGAUGAGUGCUGCAUUCAUGAAAAGCUUGGUAACUUGUUUUGUUUUCCUGUGGGCUGCCUACUAUAAUAUCACCGUUGGUGUUCUGCCGUUUGCACUCGGACACUUGAGCUAUGCAUGUGCACUUCUUUGUGGUUAUUUUAUAGCUAUCAGAAAGAUGCCAAGGCAUCCAGACUUCUCUUUGCUGCUCACAAGAUUGCAUGAUCGCCACAGCUAUGUGGCUAACAAAUUCCCAUGGCCAAUGAUCUCAUUGGCUGCAAGUUUGUUUCUUCAGUCCAUCGUCAAACAUCUACUCACGCAAGGGGAUUCAAUGAUCCUAGCGACAAUGACAAGCCUAGAAGAUCAGGGCAUCUAUGCCCUCGCCUCAAACUAUGGUGGUCUCGUGGCCCGCAUACUUUUUCAGCCCAUUGAAGAAAGUAGUCGGGCCAUCUUCUCAUCACUGCUUCAUAGCAACUACCUUGAAAAGCGACGCACGGGGAAUGUCAGUCGCGCCAAAACACAUCUAGCCGACAUCCUGCGCGCCUACAGUCUGGUAGCUGCAGUGGCCUUUCCCCUCGGUCCAGCUUUGGUACCUCUAGUGCUCGAUUUCCUGGGUGGGCGCAGCUGGGCUUCGCCUACGGUGAGUAGCUUACUAUCUCUUUACUGCCUUUAUAUACCAUUCUUGGCUUUCAAUGGUAUAAGUGAGGCAUUCGUUUCUUCGGCUGCUAGUCCUUCAGAAGUUCGCAAACAGGCACUAUGGAUGGGAGUGUUCUCAACUUGUUAUGUUUCAGCAGCGUACGUAUUCUUAGUUGUCGGUGAUUUGGGUGCUCAAGGGAUGGUCUAUGCCAACAUCGUCAAUAUGGCGGUUCGUACUAUCUGGAGCUUUUUAUUCAUUCGGUCAUUCCUACAACGUUGCACCUUGGCAUUAAGGCCAUCCGAGUUCCUUCCCCGGCCCCAGACUUUUCUGGCUGGCAUCAUGAUAUCGACAGCUUUUAUGAGAAAUGGAUCCUACAGGGUCAACUCUAGAGAUUUUUCAGGCACCUUGAUUUAUAGCGCUAUAUACAUUAUAUUUGUGUAA